AUGGGGAGAAAACCUUGCUGUGAAAAAAUUGGAUUGAAAAGAGGUCCAUGGACUAUAGAAGAAGAUCAUAGACUCAUGAACUUCAUUCUUAACAAUGGCAUCCAUUGCUGGAGAGUCGUCCCAAAACUUGCAGGUUUGUUGAGAUGUGGGAAGAGCUGUAGACUGAGAUGGAUUAAUUAUUUGAGACCUGAUCUCAAGAGAGGUGGUUUCACUGAUGCUGAAGAAGAUAGGAUUAUGGAACUUCACUCUCAACUUGGCAAUAGGUGGUCUAAAAUUGCCUCACAUUUCCCUGGUCGAACGGAUAACGAGAUAAAAAACCACUGGAAUACGAAGAUCAAAAAGAAGAUGAAACAUCUUGGUUUAGAUCAGGCUACGCAUGAACCAAUGAAUAGUAUCAUCGAUCAAACCGAAUCUAAGCAGAUAACAAAUCCAAACAUGUUUUCUACCAGCACAGUAAGAGAAGAAACCAAGGAUGAACCGAAAGAUGAUAUUAUAGCAGAAACAUCAAAAACAUUAAUAGUUACCAAUAAUGGUAAAGAACUUCAGGCCGAAAACUGCAAAACCUUAUGUGCAGAAGAAGUAGACAUCGGAUCUCUAUUCGCAAUGCAAGACAACGAGAUAUCUAUCUCGUCUUCUUCGUUCUCUUCUUUAUAUAGCAACAUUUCAAGAAGUGAAUCUUCAUCAUAUCUUGCAGGAGAUUCAGUCUCUUUAGAGCAAUGGGACUUGGAUAUGACGGACCCUUUGGUGCCAUGGGACCUCUUCGGCAAUCUUGAUGAUACGCUUUUCCUUUAUGAUAAAAUGUGAUAUAAACAUUGUAGCA